ACGUUGAGAUGCCGAAUCGGUGGAUAAAAGAUUCUUAUCCAAAUUCAAUUACUUUUCGUAGGGCAUUUCGGCGGCCACCAUUGUGACGGCAACGUCGCGCCACCACCGCCUCCGCCACAGGUCUUCUGAACCAGUAACGCCGUAAGAAAGUGAGCAAGAGAGAGAGAGAGAGAGACGAUGAGAUGAAACCAGAGAAGAACCUAUAGACGGAAAAAUGGAAUCAAUAGCUUCACGAAAGAAAGCCCUAUCUGAUGAUCGAUUCCCGCUCUCUUUCUACUUCAGAAUCGCUGACCAACUUGCAGACCAGGCUAAGGUCUAUAGGGAUGAACAAAGAACACAUGAUCUUUAUACAACUCUCAGCAGAUAUUGCAGGAUUGCCGGGGUAUUACCUCAACAUAAGGGUUACACAACCUACUCUUCAAGAGAAAAGCUCCGUCACAGCAAGAUAUAUCAGAACUUCAUCCUGGAACUAGAAAUGCUGAAGCAUGUGGUUGGCCGUGAUUUGUGGUCUCAAAACGAUAAUUCCCUUUCAAGCAUUCCUGAGAGGAAGGUUGCUCGUUGCUGUGCUGUAGGAACCAAAAGUCAGAGUUUCACCAGAGUUUAUGAGGAAAAAACUGGGUUGGCAUCUGUUUUUACAGUGGAUACUGCCACUGCCAAGGAUCGGAAUAUUAAUGUGCAUAUUGUUACACAGUCUUCUCCUUCUCCUAGUCUUUCCUUUGUGCAUAGCAUGCCUUAUGCUGGCCAUGUUGCUCGUCUCUCUGCUGCUGAUUCUUCAUUGAAUGGGACCCCAGAAUCCAGGCUCCUUCAAGAUGUACAUAUUUCAGCAAGGUUGAUGGAAGAUUUUCUUGAACUUGCUAGAGAUAACACGGACAAGGAUCUAGAGACCUGUGGGAUUCUUGGAGCUUUUCUUGAGAAGGGGAUCUUUUAUGUAACCACUUUGAUAGUUCCUAAGCAGGAAUCUGCUUCCAAUUCUUGUCAGGCACUAAAUGAGGAGGAGAUUUAUGCCAUACAAAAUGAGCAGUCUCUCUUUCCCAUAGGCUGGAUCCAUACACAUCCUUCUCAGACUUGUUUUAUGUCAUCGGUAGAUUUGCACACUCAUUACUCCUAUCAGGUAAUGUUGCCCGAGGCUUUCGCCAUUGUCAUGGCUCCAACUGAUCCCUCAAGGAACCAUGGAAUAUUUCGUUUGACUGAUCUAGGCGGUAUGUCUGUCCUGAAAGAGUGCGAGGAGAGGGGAUUUCAUUCUCACCAGAAACCUCCCGAUGGCGGUCCACUUUAUGAUCACUGCUCUAAUGUUUAUAUAAAUCAAAAUCUGAGGUUUGAAAUCUUUGAUUUACGCUGAUCAGUGGAUUCUUAUGCUAGUGCAAACGGAUGAGUGUAUGACUUAAAGCGCUUUGAGUGUAUUGUGUUUUAUCACUUAUAUGAGUUCAGUUAUGCCUCGAAACCAAACUGUUCAGAAAACUCUCCACUUAAUGUACAUAUAUAUAUGUAAGUAAUGCAAUAUGAACUUUUUAUUUUGAUAUUA